AUGUCAAUUAAUAACGACAAUAAGUGUGGCAGCAGUGGAAAUAGCAGCAUCAGUAGCAAAAACAUCGAAAACAACAAUACCACCAACAAUACACUCUCACGCUUACAACAAGCUUUCAAGAAUCAAGAAGAAGCAAUGAGAGCAAAUCCGAAAUUCAGACUACCACCUGCGCCUGGUGAUAUUUCCAAUAGGAAACCAUCUGAAUUAUCCCUAACAGCUCCUAAGUUUGGUCAAAUAUCUGGACUUUUAAGCAGAGAGGAGGGGAAUGACGAUUUUGACUUUAAUUUUAAUCCAUUAUCUGCAGAAUUGAAUACACCAAUCAGUUUGAGUGAUAUUGCAAACUCAGAGUCGACUAGCUCAACUUUAAAUAAUCCUUCAACGUCUACUUCAUUAUCAACUCAUAAUGACGCAGGUGUUACCUCUAAUGAUGCUCUAAUUAACACUGGUGAUAGUUCUAGUACCUCCAAUCACACCACUAUACCACAAUCUCAUAAAUCCCCCAACAAAGUCGUCUCAGAUAUUCUAAACGACGACUUACUCGAUCGAAAGUUAGCCACAAGAAAACAUUACAUUCUUCCAUCUUCCCCUCUCUCCCCCUCCACUCCCACUCAAAUCGACGAAACUGUCGAUCAUGACUCAAAGGAUGACCCCAUCGCUUCUCAAGUUUGGAAAUUAUACGCUAAACACAAAUCUUCUAUCCCAAACGCUCAAAGAAUGGAAAAUUUGUCUUGGAGAAUGAUGAUGAUGUCUUUAAGAAGAAAGAAACAUUCUGAGUCAAAUCAUUCUCUUAAAGAUAAAAUUGAUUCACCCCCCACACAAGAUUCAGCUGAUUUUGAUAAUAGAAGCGAUCACUCUUCACCAACCCCUGAAGCUCAACCUGCCACUCAAGUAACCACAAAUACUGUUCAAGAAAAUCUUGUAGACGCUAUCAACUCUACAAAAAUUCCUCUGCCUGAUGAAGAUGAUCAGGAAGAUGAGGAAGACGAGCGUGGUAGAAAACCUCGCAGACAUCGUGCUCCAAGGAAGCAAACAAACGUCGUCGUCGGUUUCGCUGGCAAAGUCCCUGAAGGUCUUGAUAAUGGUGAAGCUAUUGUUGACGAUUUGAUGGAUUGGAGGGGCAAAUCUAGAUCUAGGUCACGCUCCGUUAUGGACUGGAGAGGUCAAUCAAGGUCCCGUUCUAGGCCUCCUCAAAAUCAUCAAAGCACAAACCCUUCAAAGAGUUAUUUCAUCCCCAGUCUACCUACACACACUCCUUCUCCAGAUACGGCUAACAAUGCGGAUGCCUGUGAAUCUACUCCUGAUCAUCAAAAGCUCCACCAAAAUCUUCCUUCACGUAUUAAAAAUGAAUUGACAACUACAAUUGAAGAAGAUAGUAUUGGAAAUGAUCACUUUUACCACUUUGGCACUGCUUCAUCCUUACCAGACCCACAGUUCUUUUUACAUCAUGCUCAACAAAACAACACUAACCGUGCAAACGAUCCUCAACAAAAUUUUUACGAUCUUUUGAGUGAUAAUAAAGAUAUAGAAGACCUUUUAAAAGGCAAGCCCGCUCAGCAGUCACAGUAUACUCCUUCUCCUAGUUUGUUGUCCAAAUCUCUCUCUUCCAGUUACGAAUACAGACCUGAAAUUCAUAAUGUACCAGUGGCUCGUAAGCGUCCUGCUGAAUAUUCUCCAAAAUUUACCACAUUAUUCAACAACAUAGGAAACGGUCAAUCAGAUCCACCUCCUUUCAGCCUUACCAGCUCUUUCAUGCCUCACCAUAAUAAAACUGACAACCAUGAAUCUGGCGUUAAUACUGAAGGAUCACUCAGCCCAGAUGGAAUAGAUCUGAAUGAGAAGAGCUUGGUCUUACCUGAUGGAUUCCCAGACGAUGGUGGUUUAUCUGCACUGUUAUCUCAGAGUGCCCCUGGCGAUUCAUACGGUGUAUUUCCUCCAACAAUACCGCAAGGACUACCAACAUACCAGGAGUAUGCUCCAGCGAAUAAGGACAACGAGGACUAUCAAAAUCAACAAUCAGGUGAUCAAGAUUGGAAUAACUUAUUCAGCUUGCUGUAUGGUACAAAUUCCGCCCCAUCCACUCCAUCCUUGACGGAUUCAAUGAAUUCGUUCGCAGCAAACAUCAACCCAGCUAGUUUAUUUAACAAGAAGAACAGGGAAGUGAAACCGAUGCGCACAUCCAAUUCUAGUCAGUCUUCUAGUAAAUAUGCCUCUCAAUCUCCUCAACUGCCAACUCAACCCACCCCCAAAUUGAAGUCGUCUUUUAACAUUCAAUCUAAACCACAUCCCAUUAAAUCACAAGAGCAGAACCAUAAGAGCAACAACGUCUUAUCUACCAGUGUACCAUCCAUACCAAUAACGAAGACAGGAACACAAUCAGGAGGUCAAUCUCAACAGCGUUCAUCUUAUGUACCAUUACGCCAAGCACCGGUUAAGCAACCUAGUAAUCCUAAUUCCACUGCAUCUCACAGUGACGUCAACUUGAUAACAGAUAUCCAAAGCGCGAAUGCUAUGACUUGCUACAACUGCAAGACUACGAAAACACCCUUGUGGAGACGAGAUCCAGAUGGCAACUCACUCUGUAAUGCCUGCGGGCUUUUCCUAAAGCUGCAUGGUGUAGUUCGACCACUAAGUCUCAAAUCUGACGUCAUAAAGAAGAGAAACAGAAAUGGAGCUGGCUCGAAUAAUCCAAAAACAGUGGGUAAGAAGGGUGCUAAGGAGGGUACCCAGAGAGAAUCACAAGCACCUUCUUCAUCUGAUGUAAACUCUCACGCAAGCACCAAUUCAAACCAGGACAAUUACGCAGAAUCAAGUCCCGCUUUGCUUCCAUUCAUGGGUCUGCCACCACAACCAGUCGUCAAUACUAAGAAGAGGCGGACUAGCGCUGUUCAACAGCAGCAGUUUGAGCAACUCGAAGAGAAGCAGAUUGAGAGUUCUGUUGGAUAUCUCAGUAUCGAUCGGUCAGUUUAG